GUGAGAACGAUAAAAGAAGAGAGAAGUGUGAGAGUCACUUUAUCACCACAUCACAGGCAGCCGAGCAGCAAAACCCCUCGGACCACCACCCCGCAAUACACACACACACACUUACACACACACACGUACACACGUACACACUGACAUACACAUGCCAAGACACAUGGAACAUCUCGCGUCACGGUGGAACGUUCUCUGCAGCAUCAGGACCAAGUGAACACAUCUGGAGCACCUUUCAGCGAGUCUGGAGAAGAGCCAAGGCUAGAGUCUAGAACAUUCUGGUGAUGCCUCAGGAGCAUCAACACCGAGUCUAGAACAUUCUCCUGUGGCUCUGGAGCAUUAGGAACAAGUCUAACGUUCUUCUGAAGUGACUGGAGCUGCAUCUAAAGAGAGCCAGGUCUACAACGUUCUCUGGGUUGUUUGGAGCGCCGUGGCUGAAGAUAAAACAUUGUUUGGUCCAAUUUGAGAUAAAUCUAGAACGUUCUCCCAGCGAGCUCGGUCUUGUGCGUGUUCUGGAGCACUGGAGUGUCUGAGCUGAGUUUAGAACGUUCCUCAGCAGAAUCAAUCCUCUGGUUUAGCUGAAGCAUAGAAGGUUCUCUCUGCUCGUUGGUGAAGAUGUUCCCGAUGAAGCAGCCCUGGCUGUGUAAAGUUUUAGGUUGCUAUGACAGCUGUGUGCGUUGCCUUGGCGCCGUGCCGUACGUCACUCUGAGCGCCACGCUGCUGUGCUACGCCGGAGUCGCGCUCUUCUGCGCCGGAGCACACGAGGCCCUCACACAUACACACACACUCGUCCAAACACACUUCGCCCGCGCACAGCAAGACUUCGAGGUGCUCGCUGACUUUAUUAAAUAUUUUCAGUAUGUGAUUUACGGUCUGGCGUCGUUCUUCUUCCUGUACGGGAUUUUGUUGCUCGCUGAGGGAUUUUACACCACGAGCGCCGUCAAGCAAACGUUUGGAGAAUUCCGGAGUACGAAGUUCAGCCGCUGCCUCAGCCUCACCUUCCUCAUCGUGACCUACGUGUUGGCGGUGAUCUGGCUCGUCGUGUUCGCCUUCUCAGUGAUUCCCGUCUACUUCCUGUUCAACAUGGGCGAGACCUGUCACACCGUCCACAUCCUGUCUGAGACCACCACCAGCUUAAACCAACACGCCUGGGUGUGCGUGGACCCGCGGCAGUACGGUCUUCUCCCCUGGAAGGCUACACCAGGUAAAGUGUGUGGCAUGACCAUGGCCAACAUCUGCAAAGAACCUGAGUUCUACACGACCUUUGACCUUUACAUCACCGCCUUCGCUGGAGCAGGAGCCACGCUGCUCGGCCUGAUCCUCUAUAUCAUCGCUGCCACCUAUAACUACGCAGUUCUGAGGUUUCUCGGCAGUAAGGGGAUCCGUUGCUAGGCGCAGCACCGUUAGGCAUGCUGUUGCUAGGCGCAGCGUUGCCAGGCAACACGUCUCCUCAUUGAUGCGUGCCGCUGCACUUGCUGUUGCGUUGUCACGGCGACCAUGUCCAUGGGGGAUUCGCUAAAGAGGACCAUGAAGUGAAAAACAAACAAACAAACAAACAAACAAACAAAGUGUGUAAACAACAGUGAGAUUAACCUGACUCACACGGAGUGAAGUAUAAACAUUAAACUGUUAACCAAUCAACACAGAGCAGGGGGCGGAGCCUCUCUCCUUCAUCAUUUCUUCAUCACAUCUCUCUGCUUCUCUUUAUCACUCCAUCCUUUCACAGCAUCUUUACCAUCUACCCAUCUCUCUGUCGUCUUCUGUCCAUCCAUUUGUCUGUCUCUCUAUCUGUCCAUCUCUCUGUCUUUUCUGUCUCUCUCUCCAUCUCUCUCUAUCACUCUCCAUCUGUCUCUCUCUCUCUGUCUCCCUCCAUUUGAUUCUCUCUCUCUCUCUCUCUCUCUCUCUCUCUCUGUCUCCCUCCAUUUGAUUCUCUCUCUCUCUCUCUCUCUCUCUCUCUCUGUCUCCCUCCAUUUGAUUCUCUCUCUCUCUCUCUCUCUCUCUCUCUCUCUCUCUGUCUCUGUCUCCCUCCAUUUGAUUCUCUCUCUCUCUCUCUCUAUCCUUCCAUCUUUCUAUCCCUCUGUCCAGCUCUCCAUUUUUUUACAUCUCCAUCUUUCCAUCUCUGUUGAUGUUCUCAUUACCACCUAAUUUUUAAAAUAUAUUUAUUUGUUGGUGUUUACUCUCUCCCUCUCUCUCUCUCUCUUUCUCUCUCUCUCUCUCUCUUUUUCACACACACACACACACACACACACACACGCUAGUCCCAUUUAACAAAAAUUUCAAAACAGCUCUCAUUUAUUAGUGUUGAUUUUAAAUAAUUAAAUUUAAAGAAUGUGCAAAUUUCUAACACACAGUUGUAACUGUGUGUAUGUGUAUGUGUGUGUGUGUGUGUGUGUGCACGUGUGUGUGUGUGUGUGUGUGUGUGUGUGUGUGUGUGCACGCGUGUUCACAUACCCAACACUGUGUGUGUUCUCCAAUGGUGCUACAUCAAUGUAUUAAUAUUAAUAAAUGUGUAACAGUAAUACACACUGUACAUGUUUAAUUACACUGUGUGGGUUUCUGUUAAUCAGCUACACAACUGUGUGUGUGUUUCGCUGUAAACUGUCUCACAUUCUGCAAUAAACACACGUUUAAUCCAA